UAUGUCAGUGGUAACAGCACUCAGGACCAUGGAAACGUCCUCUACAACUUUGCUGUUGUUGAUGACAUGGAGGAUAUUUUUAGCGGUUGUUGUCAUCUUUCCGUAACAGCCCGGUGUGGUUUGGUAUAAAGGACUCUGUCAAAAUGCAGCUGUACAACAGUGUGCUGACACACUACCCGAGGUCGUCCCGCAAAGUUACGAUAACUUUAUCGACCGGAUCUGAGCGUUUGAACGGGACUACAGCGAGUUCCCCAGAGGCUGAUAAAGCAGGACUUACACAAGCAGACACAACUCCAACGACCAACGGGAAUCCAGUGAGAGAGCCUGCUUCUUCCGCAAACAUGCCUGCCUUUUCAUGCUACGAAGCUUCAUCAAUGAGGCCAAUCUACUUCACAUCGACUGCUGAAAUCCUUAUACGCAGACCCGAUGGAGUGGAGAGGUCAUUGCCUGUCCAUAUCAUUAGGGAGUCCAAACCACCGUCUCCCAACACUCAUGAUGGUGAAAGUAUCAUCUGUAAUGACUCAGAUGUGUUUGUGAACUUGAUGGAUCAGCUGAGAAAUGAGACAGAUGAUUGCCCAGAGCUGGUUGGAAACCAUGUUUUGAUCAGUAAUGACAUCUGUGGACCCAGAGUAGAAGAAUAUAAGAGGCUGGUGGGGAAUUCAAGUGAGGAUGAUACAGUUUCGGUGAACGUUACCCCCUUCAGAAGCAAUGGAUGGGUCUCAUUACAUGAAGAGGAGCCAAUUCCCUCUGGUGCAACUCAGCCUGAAGACCUCAUAAAGGAAGAUUUUAGUGGCCUGAGCAGUGGCAACGCAGCUCCACAAUCAGAUAAGAGACGGGCCUUUGAGCUCAGUGUCCUGCAGGAGGCUCCUCCACAGAGAUGCCAAGAGAGAGCAGAUAUCAAUGAUAAAGUCACCCGGUACUUGGCUGAAGUGGAGAAACAAAACAAGUACCUCCAGGAGAGGCACAAAUAUAGGUACCACAUCAUUCCAGACGGCAACUGUCUGUACAGAGCUGUGGUCAAAGCCACGUUCGGGGACCAGGCGAGGCACGGGGAGCUGAGGGAGCAGACUGUGCACCACAUCGCUGACCACUUAGAUGAGUUUAACCCAAUCAUCGAAGGGGAUGUUGGAGAGUUCCUGAUCAACGCAGCGCAGGAUGGUGCCUGGGCCGGAUACCCGGAGCUUCUCGCCAUGAGCCAGAUGCUGAACGUCAACAUCCACCUAACAACAGGGGGGAGCCUGGAGAGCCCCACCGUUUCCACCAUGGUGCACUAUCUUGGGGAGGAGGAUGGAUCCAAACCAGCUAUCUGGCUGAGUUGGCUCAGCAAUGGUCACUACGACGUUCUCCUGGACAAGAGUCUCCCCAACCCGGAGUAUGAAGACUGGUGCAGACACUCACAGAUGCAAAGGAAACGGGAUGAGGAACUGGCAAAGUCAAUGGCGGCUUCAUUAUCAAAAAUGUACAUUGAAAAAAAUGGUUGUGUGUGAAAGAAAUGUUGAGAAUUUAGGAUUUCC